AUGAAUGAUGCUUAUUCAACGUAUUCCUCAACUACAAGAUAUGUAUUAAUUACAUAUGUUAAUAUUCCUAAAUAUUCAUAUCUAUUUUCAGCAAUAGGCAACUAUAAGUAAAUCUCAAAUUUAUUUACAUUAGCGAUGACAUAGCAGGAUGGGGAUUGUCUUAAGUUUAAAUUACUUCAGGAUAUUGUCCUGAAAAGUGCUUAUAGUGUGAAGUAGAGCAAGAGAAAAUAUUAAUGAGUUAAUAUCGUUUUAAUGUAAGGAUUGUGAAUAUGGAUACUAUAUUUAUCGAGAUGGUAUCAAUAAAUAGGGUUAAGUGA